CGAAAAUCCACCUCCCCGUGAUUGCCUCCCUGUCUUCCAUUCCACAUCGUCACCUCUUUUGAUACCCAUUCAUCCUCUUCUGGGAGCUCUAUCUCACUAUCAGAGCAUCCUUUCUCACCGUACACGCGAUUAUCCGAACACGCGAAUCUUCGACCGACUUCGAACGCAUAGAAUCAGUUGAUUGAUAGAAUGGCUGCUCCGCGAGCAUACAAUAACCCGGGCCCAGGCUACCUUCAGAAUGGUGCUGGUGGUCUUCCUCCCACUGGUGCUGCACCACUUUUGCCCAACCAGGGUCGCGUCCUUCAAACCGGUCCCCUAAGAGUUCUGUGUAUUGCCGAUGUUCGAGGAAACCUGAGAUCACUCAAUGAUCUUGCGAAACAAGCCCGAGCUGACCAUAUCAUCCACACCGGUGAUUUUGGUUUCUACGACGACACUUCCCUGGAACGAAUCGCCGAGAAGACGCUUAAGCAUGUUGCGCAGUAUUCGCCCUUGAUUUCCGAGCCUGUAAAGAAGGCUAUUCAACAAGGAGGACCAGGCCCCGUAAAGUCCCGAUUCCCGCCAAAUGAGCUUCCUCUCUCGGAGCUGCCUCUCCUUAUCAGCGGUGAGGUCAAGCUUGAUGUUCCCGUCUAUACCGUCUGGGGUGCUUGCGAAGAUGUCCGAGUACUAGAGAAGUUCCGAACCGGCGAGUACAAGGUCCCUAACCUGCACAUCAUCGACGAGGCUCGAUCAAUGCUACUGGAGGUUGGCGGUGUUAAGUUGCGACUACUUGGUCUUGGUGGUGCUGUUGUCAUGCAUAAGCUUUUUGAUAAUGGCGAAGGCCGCACUACCAUUGCUGGUGGUCAGGGUACUAUGUGGACAACUCUCCUGCAAAUGGGUGAGCUUGUCGACACGGCGCACCGAGUUUACGAUCCUACCGAAACCCGCAUCUUUAUCACACAUGCGUCUCCUGCUCGUGAGGGCAUCUUGAACCAGCUCUCAGUGACCCUUAAGGCCGACUUCUCUAUCUCUGCCGGACUCCACUUCCGAUAUGGUAGUUCUUACAAUGAGUUCAGCGUCAACCCUACUCUCGACCAUUACCGUGGCAAGCUUGCUGCCUCCAAGGCUUCUUUCAACGACGUUUGGGAGACUGUCAAGAGUGAGGUGGAACCUGCUAUCCAGCAGAAUGAGGCCCAACAGAACCUUCUGAAGAAUGCCCUGCAAAUCGUCGAGAAGAUGCCAACCACUGCUGCUGGUGGCAACCCCUUUGGUGGCCCGGCUGCUGGCCAGGCUUCCCUCGGACAAGUCGACGAGAGUGCCUUCAAGAAUAUGUGGAACUUUAACCUUGCUGAUGCGGCUUUUGGCUACCUGGUUCUCGAGAUUCAGGAUGGCCGUAUUGGUACUGAGAUGCGUGCUCAAGGCUUCAACUUCUCUCACCGUGGCGCCAAGCAGCAGCCCGGCAUUCCUCCCACCACAGCCGGUCCAGCCGGUAUUCCUUCACCUGCCCCUCCCUCGACCCAGUCCAGCGUCCCCCCUCCUACCAGCCGACAGCCUUCAACAGUCCAGGCUGCUAAGCCAGCUGUCGCAACUCCUCUGACCGGCCCACCCAAGCCAGCGACUCCCCAACCUGCCCCAAGCUCGAGCAGUCCUGCUCCCGCUCCCCCCAGCAAAGACACCGAGAAGGCCACAGCUCCGGCUUCCGCUCCAGCUAACGGUUCAGCGCACCCUGAACGUGUUCCUUCUCCCGCUCCUAAGACACCUGCCUCGGACAUCAUCGGUCUUUUCAUUAUGAAUGUUAACACCGAGGAUCAGUGCCGAGAACUGUUCAGCGAGGAGGACAAGAACAAGAUUCUCAAGGUUGACAAGUGGGGUAAUUCAAACAAGGUUGUUCAGUUCAAGACAGCAGAGGACCGUGAUGCUGCUUUGGCCAGACUUCCUGAGGAUGUCAAGACUAGAACCCAGGAGGACCGAUCCAAGCCUCUGGUCAAGAUUUUCCAACAUCGCGAGGGCAAGACAUAUGCCAACCGAGGUGGUGCUGGUAACUGGGGUGCCAGCGGACGCGGCGGUGCCACCAACACCAGUGGAUAUCGCAGCGCUGGAGGAGCCAGUGACUCCGAAUCUAACCGACGCGGUGGACGCGGUGGUCGCGGUCGUGGCGGAGAUCGUGGACGGGGUGGACGUGGUCGAGGAGGCCUCAAGGGGGAGGGAGGCACCUCUUCACCUGCCGCCGCUCCCGCCACACCCGCCGCCGAUUAAUAUCAUACUCAAAAUUUGAGUGUCACUACAUAACC